UAUGCGUCCAGAAGAUCCACUUAUAUUUUUAGAAGAAAAAAUCAAAGAAAUUAUGGAAAAGGGACUUAAUUCUGGUUUAUGGUACAUGUGUAUUGAUCCUUCUUUACGGACAAAUUUGAAGAGGAUUGCAGAAACCUACCUUAGUGCCAUUUUUGGACUAGAUGUUGAACAGCUGAUGACUACCGAAUUAUGUACCAAGGCAUUUGACUUCUACAGCAGAAACUUAAAGAAGUUUUAUUUUCGAGGAUGGAUAAAAUAUCAUCUACAGAGAAAAAACAAUAGAAAAAAGACAGAUCAAAAGAUGGCUCUAGCAGCAGUCCAUUAUAAAUUCCGAAAAAUAAGAAUUAUUAUUGAGAAGUGGAACAGCUGGGCACAGAUUCACAAAGAGAAAAACAUAUUGGCAACAAGGAUACUACAACAGAUCUUUAACAAAAUAACUCUAAAAGCUGUCUUAAAAGCUUGGCAUGCAGAGGCCUGCAGUUCAUUGAAAACAAAAGCCUAUUUUGAGAGUUUGAUAAAGAAAAGUCCAGAAGGUAGUUUUGUUUCAAGUGAAAAUCUUUCUUACCAAUCUGUGAAAUGUAAAGCUUCCCAUCUACCAGAAGAAGCCUUAUUGCAGAUUUUUCGUUAUGUAAACCUAGUUGAUCUGGCAAGAUGUGCUCAAGUUAGUCAAACCUGGAUGCUGCUGACUCAGAACAGUUCAAUAUGGAGUGAUAUCAAUUUUUCAUCAAUAAAGCAUAAAGUUCAGGACAAAAUAGUAGUAAAUAUUUUGCAGAAGUGGCGUCCUUAUGUACUACGAUUGAAUCUUCGAGGUUGCCGUUCUCUCCAUUGGCCUAGCUUUAAAAGUAUCAGUGAAUGUAAAAAUUUGCAAGAUUUAAAUCUCUCUGAAUGCCAGGGAUUAAAUGAUGACUCAAUGAGACUCAUAUCAGAAGGCUGUCCAUCCCUGCUCUAUUUAAAUCUCUCAUACACAGAUAUUACUAAUGGAACACUGCGGCUGCUGUCAAGGAGCUUCCCCAAUUUACAGUAUCUGAGUUUAGCUCACUGCAGAAAAUUCACAGACAAAGGUUUACAGUACCUGGGCUGUGGAAGAGGAUGUCACAAGCUCAUCUAUUUGGACCUUUCAGGUUGCAUUCAGGUUUCAGUUGAUGGCUUCAGAAAUAUUGCCAAUGGCUGCAGUAGGAUUCAGAACUUGCUAAUCAAUGAUAUGCCAACUCUCACAGACAGAUGUAUUCAGGCUUUGGCUGAAAAAUGCGAGCAGAUUAUGUCUGUUGUCUUUCUUGACUCCCCACAUCUAUCUGAUAUAACUUUCAGAGCUCUUGCUGAAUGUAAACUGGUCAAGGUCAGCAUUGAAGGAAAUAAUCGAAUUACUGAUUUAAGUUUCAAGUGGAUGAGUAAGUGCUGCCCGUACAUCAGGCAUAUUCAUAUGGUUGAUUGCCAGAAGAUCACAGAUGCUGGGCUGAAGAUGAUUGCACCGUUGAAGUAUAUUCUUAUACUGAAUUUAGCAGACUGCAUAAGAAUUGGUGAUGGAGGUAUAAAGCCAUUUGUAGAAGGUUCUUCAGGUGCUACCCUAAGAGAACUGAAUUUGAAUAAUUGUGUUCGUGUCACUGAUGCUUCUGUCAUAGAAAUAGCACAAAGAUGUCACAAUUUGACCUACCUAAACCUACGUUACUGUGAAAACGUGACUGAUACCGGACUUGAAGCUUUAGGAAAUAUGUCCUCCUUGAUAUCCAUUGACAUCUCUGGAACCAGCAUCUCAGAUAUGGGCUUGGGAGCCCUUGGCUGCAGUGGAAAAAUAAAGGAAAUUUCUAUAUCAGAAUGCCAGAACGUCAGCGAUACUGGGAUUCAGAAGUUCUGCCAAGACUCAAAGCACCUCGAGUCCUGUCACGUCUCCUACUGCCCUCAGCUGACGGACGAGACUGUGAAAGCUUUGGCAUUUCACUGCCACAGACUGACAUCCAUCAGCAUAGCUGGCUGUCCAAAGAUGACAGAUCUGUGUAUGGGCUAUUUGGCUGCAGCCUGCCGUUACCUCCACUUCUUGGAUAUCUCCGGGUGCAUUCGUCUUACUGACAAAGCCCUGAAGUAUCUCUGGAAAGGCUGCAAGCAGCUCCAUGUUCUCAAGAUGCUCUACUGCAGAAAUAUUACCAAACAAGCUGUCCUGAAAUACACAGCCAGGCUGGAGAAAAGAGAACACAACGACGGGGACCCUCCUCCCUGGCUUGGCUACGACAGGAAUGGCAACACGCUCACCUUCCCCAAAGGCAGGAGUUACAAGCUUGAAUAAACAAAGCCUUCAGAAAGACAAAGCUACAAAUCRUACAUCAUCACCUACAGUUGUGCUUAUUUUUCAACAGCGCAUGAGAAGAAC